AUCAGCAAAAGAAAGAAUUAUACAAAAGAAUUUAUGAACACUGGCAAACUCCUGGAGGACAUAUUGAAGAAACAGAUUUAACAAGACAACAUGCAGCUCAAAGAGAAAUACUUAAAGAAACUGGAAUAAAAAUUGAAAUAAGUGACCUAAAAUAUUGGAUUCAUUGUUUCAAAACAAUUACAAAUGAAAUACCAAAAUUAAUGGAACCAUGGGAAAUGACAGAUUGGAAGUUAAGAGAUAUUAAAUCAGUAUUGAAAGAAUCCAUUAUUCAAUCAGUUCAAGAUAUAUUAACUGGAAAACAACAAAUAGAAACUUCAAUAAUAGAGAUUGAUGGAAUAUAUGGAGUAGAAAAAACUACUUUAAUAAAAAAGUGUAAAGAAUAUUUAGAAAGAAAAGGAUUGAGAGUAAAAGUAUUGAAUGAAUCUUUUAUUACCGAAGACUUCUUUGGAGGAUUAAAGAAAUAUAGAAAAAACCUGGAAAAAUUUAGAAAAUAA